CAACUGAAAGAACAAGCCAAGACCCUCUCGUCGGAGAUCAAGCAGAUCGAUUUGGACGUUAACCGCACCUUCCGGAACCACAUCAUGUUCCGGGAUCGCUACGGGGUGAAGCAACAGGCUCUCUUCCACGUCCUGUCAGCGUACUCGGUUUAUAACACUGAGGUGAGCUACUGCCAAGGGAUGAGCCAGAUUGCAGCCGUCCUCCUCAUGUACCUGAACGAAGAGGACGCGUUCUGGGCGCUGGCGCAGCUGCUCACCAACCAGCGGCACGCCAUGCACGGUUUCUUCAUCCCUGGCUUCCCGAAGCUGCAGAGAUUUCAAGCCCAUCACGAGCAGAUUUUAAGCAAGCUGUUUCCCAAACUGAAGAAGCACAUGGACAAGGAGCAGAUGACGACAGGGAUUUACACGACCAAGUGGUUCCUGCAGUGUUUCAUCGACCGGACGCCCUUCACCCUCACCCUGCGGCUGUGGGACAUCUACAUCCUGGAAGGGGAGCGGGUGCUGACGGCCAUGGCUUACACCAUCCUCAAACUGCACAAAAAGCGCUUGCUGAAGAUGACGCUGGAAGAUCUGCGGGAAUUCCUGCAGGAGAAAAUCGCCGCUUCCCUACAGUACGAGGACGACACCGUCAUCGAGCAGCUGCAGGUGUCGAUGAACGAGCUGCGCAAGAUGACCCCCCGCCAG